AUGGGGAUCCCCUACAGCAAGCAGAUCAACCACGCCUUCGACCAGGUGACGCCGCUGGUCGCCGCGGGCUUCGAGGUGCUCAAGACCACCAAGAACAUCGCCAUCCUGCUGGCCUUCCUGCAGGUCUUCGUGGCGCUGGUGCUGGUGCUCAACUUCGCCGCCCUGAUCGGCCUGCUCUUCGUGCUCAACCCGGAGACGGAGCGCGAGCGCGUCGAGAUCGUCACCCCCGUCCUGCGCUGGCUCGGCGUCUGGGUCCUGCAGUACGGCAGCGUCGUCCUGGGCUUCCUCAAGGUCGCCAUCGUCCUGGGUACCGGCGGCUUGGGCCUGAUGGUCUGGAAGGGUGGCAUCGCCGGGACGAGGGUUCCGGGUGAAGGGGGUGAAGAUCAAGGGGAGGGACAGGAGGGGGGCGAAGACGGUGCCCAGGAUGGGGAGGCGGGAGAUGAUGGCAAGAAAUAG